AUGAGGCACUUCUGGCUACGGGGGGUCCUUGCCGACUCUACUCUCUUCAAGGAGCAAGAGUACAUUCCUUCCAAGGAAAUAUUGCAAGCCUCUGCUGAAGCUAAAGUUGGAAAUGCUGGAAAUCCCUUAGUGUCGAGAUCGGCACCAACUACAGAGACGGCGGCCUCG